UUUCUCAGCAUCCUGAACAACAUGAAGGUAAUCAUCUUUGCUCUUGCCGCCGUUUUGGCUCUGGUCGUUGCAGACGAUUGCCCUUGCACCUAUGAGUAUAAUCCAGUGUGCGGAAGCAACGGACAGACAUACUCCAACCCGUGCCAGCUGAGAUGCGCCCAGCAGACCUACGCCGACCUCAGAUUCUUCUACCCUGGUAACUGUGGAACACCCAACUUCGAUUGCCCAUGCACAAGAGAAUUCAGACCGGUGUGCGGCACCAACGGUUUCACCUACAACAACCCGUGCCUCUUCAGAUGCGCCAAGGAAACCUUCGAUUCCAUCGAAAUCGCAUACGAAGGAUUUUGCGGAAACCCAGUGGAAACCAGGAUCUUGGACUGUCCUUGCACCAGGGAAUACCGUCCGGUUUGCGCUACAAACGGAGUCACCUACGCCAACCCUUGCCUCUUCAGAUGCGCCAAGAAGACCUUCGAGUUCAUCGAGAUCGCUUACAGCGGAGAGUGCGGAAACCCGAGGGAAACCAGGAACUUGGACUGUCCUUGCACCAAAGAAUACGAUCCGGUUUGCGCAACGAACGGAGUCACCUACGCCAACCCUUGCCUCUUCAGAUGCGCCAAAAAGACCUACCACUCCAUCGAGAUCGCUUACAGCGGAAAGUGCCUACAAUAAAUAUGUGCUGGAAUGUCACCACAAAUGCAACAUAAACCUUUUACAAUCCACUAGAAAGCUAAAACAUUAUACACGAAUCAAGCAAUAGAAUAAAUAUUACAAAUCGCAAUAAUAA